GAAAACCUCCAGCUUUCGCUCAGGCCGGUGGCGCCGACAGGAUGGGCAAGUGUCGUGGACUUCGUACUGCUAGGAAGCUCCGCAGUCACCGACGAGACCAGAAGUGGCAUGAUAAACAGUACAAGAAAGCCCAUUUGGGCACAGCCCUGAAGGCCAACCCUUUUGGAGGUGCUUCUCAUGCAAAAGGAAUCGUCCUGGAAAAAGUAGGAGUUGAAGCCAAACAGCCAAAUUCUGCCAUUAGGAAGUGUGUCAGGGUCCAGCUGAUCAAGAAUGGCAAGAAGAUCACAGCCUUUGUACCCAACGACGGUUGCUUGAACUUUAUUGAGGAAAACGAUGAAGUUCUGGUUGCUGGAUUUGGUCGCAAAGGUCAUGCUGUUGGUGAUAUUCCUGGAGUCCGCUUUAAGGUUGUCAAAGUAGCCAAUGUGUCUCUUCUGGCCCUAUACAAAGGCAAGAAGGAAAGACCAAGAUCAUAAAUUUUAAUGGUGAAAACACUGUAGUAAUAAAUUUUCUUAUGCCAAAAAAAAAAAAAAAAA